UGUUUUGGGUUAGCGGAAGAAGACGGCCAGCAGAGUCGGAGUAAAGAUGGCGAGCUCCGAGCAUCCCUACAUUCCCAGGGACCUCCAACUUCCGGGUUAUGUCCCCCUUUCCUUAUCACAGAUCGACAUCCUUCUGCCCUAUCUCGGUUCAUCUGUCGUCAUUGUCGCCGCAAUUUGGGUUCUCUCAGGGCGCUUUUGCAAGUUAUCAAAGACGGAUAGGCUACUUAUGUGCUGGUGGGCAUUUUCUGGAUUGACUCACAUUAUUCUUGAAGGGUAUUUUGCUUUUGUUCCAGACUUCUUCAAGAGGAAAAAUCCCUUUUAUCUCGAUGAACUGUGGAAAGAGUAUGGUAAGGGUGAUUCAAGAUAUGUUGGCAGAGAUUCAACAAUUGUUGCCCUUGAAGGAUUUACUUCUGCAGUGGAGGGUCCUGCUUGCCUCCUAGUUGUAUAUGCAAUAGCAUCAAGGAAAUCAUACAGCCACAUCCUCCAGUUUGCCAUCUGCCUGGGCCAGCUAUAUGGAUGCAUGAUAUACUUUUCAACGUCAUAUCUGGAUGGAGAUAACUUCACCGCAGGCCCUUUGUACUACUGGGCGUAUUACGUCGGCGCAAACGGCGUUUGGGUUGUCAUCCCAACCCUCAUUGCAGUCAGGAGCUGGAAGAACAUAAUUUCAGCAUUUGAAGGGGGGAAUAAGAAAAAGAAGGCAAAGUAAUGCAAGAUUCUAGUUUUGGAAGUCUGUUUUCUUGUUUGUGAUUGUUGUUGUUCCUCAAGCUUGUUGACAGUCAAUAAGCUCUGCAAUGUGUUUUGAUGGAAUUUGAAGUCAAUGUUGUGGUGUUGUUCAAUAACUUGGUGUUAGGUGUAAUAAUUUUUGUGCUUUUGACCUCUGCAAAUAAUUUUGAAAAAACUUGA